CGGUCUUUACGCCGUAGCUGGUUCAGGCGAGAGCACAGUGUCGGCUGGUUUGCCAUUCCACACUCGCUUCGUCGGCACCGAAUGGACCAUCCUGUUGACUCCAGUUGAAAGCAAGCCAGUAUAUGGCCCCAACCUUCCUUGUACAUCCUAUAGAUGCCGGCUAUACCUUUUCAUCGAGCACUGCAGUGAUGGUACUGAUAUUAAGCGACGUCGAUGCCGGCCCCCGGUUGCAGUGCCGCCAGAGUUGGCUGUCUUCGGCUCCUUGGAGGCUCUUAACGCUGGCGACGACGUCUCCCUCACCUGUAACGUCUUCAAGGGCGACACGCCGCUAUCCAUCGCCUGGACCUUCCACGGCCAGGACCUGCCUAUGGACCGCGAGUUUACCACACAGACUGUGGGCAAACGCACCAGCAUUCUCGUCAUCCAGGGCGUUUCUCACGGACACUCGGGCACAUACACGUGUCUGGCCAAGAACGCGGCCGGAGAGGCAUCGACCUCCACCCCGCUGGUUGUCAAGGUGCCGCCGGAGCUGGCUGUGUAUGGGUCGGAGGAGGCCCUCAACGCCGGCGACGACGUCUCCCUCACCUGUAACGUCUUCAAGGGCGACACGCCGCUGUCCAUCGCCUGGACCUUCCACGGCCAGGACCUGCCCAUGGACCGGGGCUUUGUGACACAAACCUUUGGGGAUCGAGCCAAGAUGCUGUUGAUCAAGGGCGUUUCUCACGGACACUCGGGCACGUACACGUGCCUGGCCAAGAACGCGGCCGGAGAGGCGUCGAUCUCCACCCCUCUGGUCGUCAAGGUGCCACCAGAGUUAGUUGUCUUCGGCUCCUUGGAGGCUCUUAACGCUGGCGACGACGUCUCCCUCACCUGUAACGUCUUCAAGGGAGACACACCGCUGUCCAUCGCCUGGACUUUCCACGGCCAGGACCUGCCUAUGGACCGCGACUUCAUCACACAGAAUGUGGGAGAUCGUACCAGCUUUCUAUUGAUCAAGAGCGUUUCUCACGGACACUCGGGCAUGUACACGUGUCUGGCCAAGAACGCGGCCGGAGAGGCAUCGACCUCCACCCCGCUGGUUGUCAAGGUGCCCCCGCGCUGGAUCAUCGAGCCCACCGAGAAGGAGUUUGCUCUGGGCACCACGGCCGAGAUUCAGUGCAAGGCGGACGGCUUCCCCAAGCCGCAGAUGGUCUGGAAAAAGGCGGCCGGCUCGCGACCGGAGGACUACCGCGACCUCGGCCAGUCGGACAGCAACAUCCAGGUGCGCGACGACGGCACGCUGGUGAUCAGCAGCAUCCAGAAGCGCGACGAGGGCUACUACCUGUGCGAGGCCGACAAUCAGAUUGGGCCCACCCUCUCGGCCGUCAUCUAUGUCAACGUUCAGGCGCCGCCGCAUUUCGAGAUCAAGCUGCGCAACCAGACGGCGCGUCUGGGCGACUCGGCCGUGCUGGUGUGCGAGGCCAAGGGCGAGCGACCGAUCAGCAUCACCUGGAGCCGGGACGGCGUGCCGCUGAGCGCGCGCGAGCCGUCGCCGCGCUACACCAUCCGGCAGCAGGCCACCGACGGCGGCGCCGGCUCCGACCUCAGCCUGCAGGAGACCAGCCGCCGCGACUCGGCCACCUACACCUGCCGCGCCUCCAACGCCUUCGGCACCGACAACACCACCAUCAACCUGAUCGUGCAGGAGAAGCCGGAGGUGCCGUUCUCCAUCAAGGUGCAGAACAAGUCGGGCCGCACGGUGGAGCUCUCUUGGACGGCCCCGUACGACGGCAACUCUGAGAUCUCCCGCUACAUCAUCGAAUACAAGCUGGCCAAAAACGAGUGGGACACCCGCAGCAUGGAGCGCGUGCUGAUCCCGGGCAAGAUGCCGGUGGUGUCCGUGCAGGACCUGCGGCCGGCCACCACCUAUCAGAUGCGCAUCAUCGCUGAAAACGAGGUGGGCACGUCCGAGCCCUCCGAGCUGGUGACCAUCAUGACGUCAGAGGAGGCUCCGGCCGGCCCGCCGGACGUGGUGGUAGCCCCGCUCGACCGCGGUCUGCUGGUCACCUGGAAACAGCCCGAACAGCACCUGCUGAACGGCGAGGUCACGGGCUACUACGUGGGUCACCGGCUGGCCGACAGCGACGACAGCUUGUCCUUCCAGACGUUCGAGUUCACCAGCGAGGCCAGCCGCAAACACGAAAUCCGCAUCACUAAACUCGAGGAGUUCCGCGAGUACGCGGUGGUGGUGCAGGCGUUCAACGGCCAGGGCUCGGGACCCCAGUCGGGCGAGGUGCGCCAGUUCACGGCCGAGGGCGCGCCCUCGGAGCCGCCUCAGGCCAUCACCUGCCGCACACUCACCUCCGACUCGAUCCGCGCCAGCUGGACGCCGCCGCCGGCCGACUCCACCAACGGCAUCGUGGCGGGCUACAAGGUCAUGUACGGCCCCAGCAGCACCUGGUACGACGACAGCACGAUUGACAUGGCCAAGUCGACGUCGACCGAGGCGCUGCUCACUGGUCUGCGCAAGUUCACCGAGUACAACAUCACCGUGCUGGCGUACACGGGCGGCGGCGACGGGCCCCGUAGCCGCUCCGCCAUCUGCCGCACCGAGGAAGACGUGCCCGAGCCGCCGGCGGACAUCAAGGCGCUGCCCAUGUCGCCCGACAGCAUUCUCGUCAGCUGGCGCGAGCCGGCCCAGCCCAACGGCGUCAUCAAGCGCUACACUGUCUACUUCAAGGAGGAGGGCAGCCGAGAGCCCCAGAUGCACCGCGUGACGCCCUUCCAGCUGUCCUACCGCGCCAGCGGCCUCAAGAAGACGCAGAAGUACCAGUUCUGGGUGAAGGCAGAGACGAGCAUGGGCGAGGGCGACGCGUCCCAGAUGGUCACCGUCACGCCGCGUAACCAGGUUCCGGCGAGGAUCGCGUCCUUCGACGACGAGCACGUGGUGAACUUCCAGCAUGACGCCAAGCUGCCGUGCCAGGCGGUGGGCUUCCCGCAGCCCACCAUCACCUGGCAGGUGGACGGCAAGCCGUUCAAGUCCAACGAGCGCAUGCGCAUCCUGCCAGAGGGCUCCCUGCAGAUCCGCAGUGUGGAGCGCAGCGACCGCGGCGAGUACUCGUGCAUCGCCAAGAACCAGUUCGGCCAGGACACCGUCUCCACCGGCUCAUCGUGCAGGGCGCCGCCCCACCCGCCCGAGGUGCUGCUCAUCGGCUCCUCCAACAACUCGAUCGAGGUGCGCCUCAAGCCGCGCGAGCACGUGUCGGUGCCGUUGUACGGCUUCACGUUGCACUACAAGGCGGCGUUCGACGACUGGAAGACUGUCCAAGUGGCCAAGAAGGCCCGCGCCUUCACUCUGGAGAACCUGUGGUGCGGAACAAAGCACCAGAUCUACGCCACCGCGUUCAACGGGGUCGGCCCCGGCGAGCAGUCUGCCAUCCUGACCACCCGCACCAAGGGCCAGGCGCCCACGCUGCCGGCCGCCGACCGGUUCAUGCGCGUGCUGGCGCGCAGUGUCGAGCUGCACCUUAAGACCUGGGAGAACGGCGGCUGCCCCAUCCUCUACUUCGUGGUGGAGCACAAGAAGCGCUUCGAGACGGAGUGGACGACCGUGUCCAACACGCUGAAGCCCCAGGGCAGCCUCACGGUGCUGGACCUGGAGCCGGCCACGUGGUACGACCUGCGCGUGACAGCGCACAACAACGCCGGCUCCACGCCCGCCGAGUACCUGUUCGCCACGCUCGACGAGGAGGGAGGGACCGUCGGGCCGCCGCUGGUGCGCGCCGCCGACGCCGACUGGUGGGACCGGAUGCCCGGCUGGAUGCCCGACCUCAACAUACUCGUGCCGGCCGCCUGCGGCCUGGUGGUGCUGCUCGUCGGACUCUGCGUGCUUUGCGUCUACCUGAGCUCACGGCAGCGCGGCGGUGCGCAGCGCUUCAAAGACGACACCCAGUACACCGGCCCGCCGCCGUACCCGAACCGGCUCUACAACGAGGAGCUCGGCUACAUCGCUCCCCCGAACCGCAAGCUGCCGCCCAUCCCCGGCUCCAACUACAGCACCCUCGGCUCGCAGGUCAAGCGCAUGCCCGGAGGAGCAAUGAGCGUCUACGGCCCGAGCAACCCGCGCCACCAGUAUGAGGAGCUUAGCCAGCAGCAGUACCAGGCGGCGUACGGCGCGCCGCCGCCGCCGCCCCACGGAGUCCCCACCAGCCCCAGCACGUACUACAGCGUGGUGGGACCGAACGGCGAGGAGGAGAUCGCCCCGUACGCCACCUUCCACCUGCUGGGCUUCCGUGAGGAGAUGGACCCGUCCGGGCCGGAGCAGCCGCCGGCCGGCUUCCAGACGAUGGCCGCCCGUCCGGCGCAGCAGGGCCAGCCGGGCCGGCAGCAGGGCCCGCAGGUCCGCACUCUGCCCCGCAACACGCGCUACAGCCAGCCGGUGAACCCGUUCCCGCCGCCGGCGCACAUGCAGCGCAGCUCGCUGGGCGGCGCCGCCUCCAUGUUCUCGCCCACCUACGACGACCCGGCGCGCUCCGACGACGAGGCCAACUACAACGGCAGCCAGUACAGCGGCGGCGGCCCGUACGCCGCGCUCGACGACACUUCUAGCCGCACGGGCACCGCCCGGCGCAACGGGACGGACGGCGGCUGGCCCGACUGCGGCUCUCUGCCGCCUCCGCCGCCGUCCCUGCUGGACCAGGAGGAGCCGCUGCCGCCGCCGCCGCCGCCGCGCGCCUCCCUGGACGACUCCAACACCUCGCAGCAGACCGACACGUCGGCCAUGGAGUGUGACCGCGACCACGCCAUCCUGGCAGACAGCCCGCAGUUUGGAAAGGACGGCAGACCGGCGGACGAGACCCGCAAACUUCUGGACAGCGACAAGGAGCAGAACGAGGCCCGCCGGCCGCACGUGACCGCGCAGAAUGGCCUGGUGCCGUACGACACGGUGAACGUGUGAGCGGCGCG